AUGGACCUGGGCUUCGUGCUAGCGGCCGCCAUCUUCACGUUACUGGCCAUUGUGGUGGCUACGUCUCUGUUUACGGGAACUUCCCCACCCUCCGACUACGGGCGGAGAGAAGCCGGGAAGCAGCGCUCCCCGCUGGGCAUACACAACGGCCACAUCCCGGUCUCUGGUCCGGAGCUUCAGAAGAACCAGGACUUUGACUGGUGUGAGAUGAGCGGGAGCGCGCACGACCACUGGGACGCAGUGAAGAACGCACAGUCGGAGGAGGAGCAGCUGAGCACAGACCUGUCCAGACCUUCGUCCUCCUCCUCUGGCCGUGGAUCCUUCAUCGCUCUGUCCGACACCGAGCUGCUGAAGUGCGCCUUCCCACCAGAGGGCGCAACCGAGGCCCCACCCAGCGAUGGUGCAGAGUCAAACAGUUUCCGGUAUCUUCCGGGAAAGUCUCGCUGUCAUCACUUACAGAUGAUGAUGUCCAGAGAAGAGCUGGAGGAGGAGCAGAGAGUCCAGCGUGAGCAGCUGUCGGCCAUUUUUCAGCUGCUGAAGACCAACAAAGACACGUUUGGAGACGUUUCCCAGGGAGAAGUGCAGGACCAGCUGAGGCUGUACUCCCUCUGA